AUGACAUUCAAACAGGCACUUGAUAGAAAUGAUGUGAAAGAUCUAUACGGUACUAUAAUGAAGUAUUGUUCUAAAAAGCUCGAAUCUAGAUUGAAAAAACUUAGGAAUGAUAUAGUCAAUGAGGAAGGCAAGAUAGACGAUGAAUAUAUUCAGUCUUUCUUAGAUUAUGCUAAAAAUAAAAAAAUCAACGCUGAUGAUAUAUAUAAUGAUAAGAAAAAAUCCGCUAUAUCUAGGGUUUGUAGCGAGUAUUAUCAUACAGCAAAAAGUGAUCCUACAUUUCCGAAAAAAUUUCUAGGACAUAUCAAAAAGGUGGGGUCUUAUAUUGGGUCUUUGAUGAAUAUCACAAACUGCAAAACAUGUUUAAAAGAUUAUGUGAUAAGGAGUAAACUGGAAGUGAUAUAUGGUGGUGUAGGUAAGCAACUGGAAUGUGAAAAUGUUAGUCACAUAUAUUUACACGCGGAAUUGAAUGUAUUGACCAAAAUAAUGAAUAUUGAUAAGGAAAGGAAAUUUAUAGCAGUUUCUAAGAGAUGCUGUUAUUUAUGUGAAUCGUAUAUCAGAUUUGCACAAUCCAAAGGACAUAAUAUUGCCUUCUCUGGAUCACACAAAAAAUUAUAUCAUGGAUGGAAACUUCCAGAUACCUUCAAGAAAGAAUUUAUGUCAGAUGCUCUAUUUGAACUCGAUCAGAUCAUAGAGCGUGAAAUAGAAAGUCAUACUAGUACAAGUGCUAAUUCUGAUAGUGGUGCAGAAAGUGGAUCGGAUAAUCUAAACUAUGAUGGUAUUGAAUUUGUUGAUACUUUGGAUGAUACCUUCGAUUUUUAA